GUUGAUUGGAUCUUGCAGUAUGAUCCCCCAGAUGAUGCAAAAGAAUACAUUCAUCGUGUUGGUCGUACUGCUCGUGCUGGUUCUGAAGGUAACGCUCUGCUAGUACUCCGACCUCAUGAGCUGGAAUUUUUGGCCAUCCUGCGGAAGGCUCGUGUGAAGGUCGUCGAGUACGAAAUGGCACAAUCCAAGUUAGCAGACGUGCAACCGGCCCUAGAAAAGCUUGUAUCUACGAACUACUUCUUGGCGCUAUCUGCUCAAGAGGCAUUCAAGGGAAUUGUGCGUGCCUAUUCUUCUUCCAGUCUGCCCUGCUUCAAUGUAGACCAACUUGAUUUAACUGCAUUAGCGCGCACCUGCGGUUUGCAAGUUGUGCCGAAAGUGGACUUGAUGGUUAAACCGAGAAAAUCCAAGGAUGUUCCCGGACAGAAGCGAUAUACACCGUUCGGUGUUUCUCAGAAAAAAGCAAAGAAAGCGAAAAUUUAUAAAAAAAUCAAUUAA